GUGAAAUAUCGGUCUCAUUGUUCUAUCUGUGGUGGUACAUUGCCAUGUUUGCGGAAGUAUAAUUUCAGUAUUUUUCCCCUCUUCAGAAAUGAUUUAGCAACCUUUUUUUAAAACUUUAUAUUAUAACUACAUGUCCAGCCUUUAUCGAUUUCAAGGAUAGUACGAAAGAAAAAUGAAUCUGCCAAAGGGGCCGGAUUCUCUCUGUUUCGACAAGGACGUGUUUAUGAAGGAUGACUUCGACGUGGAUCAGUUUGUUGCUGAUUGCAGAAAGCAUGUCCAGCUGGAGGAGAUGCGCGAGGACCUUGAGAUGUAUUACAAACUGCUCAAAACAGCCAUGGUGGAGCUCAUCAACAAAGACUAUGCAGACUUUGUCAACCUCUCCACCAAUCUGGUUGGAAUGGACAAAGCCCUGAACCAGCUAUCAGUGCCACUGGGUCAGUUGCAGGAAGAGGUACUGAGCUUGAGAACAUCUGUAAGUGAGGUGAUCCAAGCCAUUGACAACCAGCUAUCAAAGCAAGAUGACUUGCAAAACAAAAAGAUGUGUGUCACAAGACUCAUCCAAGUUGUUCGAUCAGUAGAGAAGAUUGAAAAAAUCCUACAUUCUCAGAACUCAAAAGACUCAACAUCUCUUGAGAUAAGCAGUCCUCUCUUAGCUGGCCAGAUUCUGGAGCGGAUUGCCACAGAGUUCAACCAGCUGCAGUUCCAUGCUGUCCAAAGCAAGGGCAUGCCCCUGCUGGACAAAGUCAGGCCUCGUAUUUCCGGCAUCACGUCCAUGCUACAGCAGUCUUUGGAGGGGCUCCUUAUACAGGGCCUCCAGACCUCCAAUGUGGAUAUUGUGCGUCACUGCCUACGCACUUACGCCACCAUCGACAAGACCAGGGACGCAGAGGCGCUGGUGGGACAAGUCCUGGUCAAGCCCUACAUGGAUGAGGUCAUCGUUGAACAGCUGGUCAAGUCCACCCCCAAUGGCCUUCAAAUAAUGUACACCAAGCUAUUAGAGUUUGUGCCGCAUCACUGUAGACUGCUGCGCGAGGUGACUGGAAUGGCCAUUUCAAGUGAAAAGGCAGACAUAGUGCCUGGAUACGACUUCUUGGUGAACUCCGUUUGGCCUGAAAUCAUCAAAGGUAUCGAGGAGAGAAUCCCCUCUCUCUUCAACGCGGGCAACCCUGACACCUUUUAUGAGAGGUACACAAUCAGCAUGGACUUUGUGAGGAAGUUUGAUAGGCAGUGUGGCUCCCAAGCCAGUGUGAGGAGACUGAGAGCUCACGCCUCCUAUCAGAGCUUCCACAACAAGUGGAACCUACCUGUCUACUUCCAGCUCCGGUACAAGGAAAUUGCUGCAUGUUUAGAGAAUGCUAUUACUGAUGGGAUAGAGACAGCACCAGCGGGCAGCUGCUACCACCUGCUGGUGUCCCAGGUGUUGUGGAACAGCUUGGUCAGGUGCUGGGCGGAAAAGGUCUACCUGCCCCCGUUGUCUCACCGCUUCUGGAAGCUCACCCUGCAGCUCAUCUCACGCUACUCCAAGUUCCUCACUGAGAUGCUGACUAAAUCUCCCUCCACGGAGGUCAGUAAAGACCCUGUGAGGCCCCUCCCCAGCUCCGCCUCCUCCACGUCCAGUCGCACCUCUCAGGAUGAUGGGGGCAGUGAGAGUGGCAGCCCAGCAACCCUAUCUACCAAACAGCUGGUUUUUAUAGCCUCUGAUGUGGACAAACUACAGGACCAGAUUCCUGAACUUUCUAAGAUGAUUAUGCAGAAACUGGAGGUCAUUGGGUACAAAAACUUUGUAAUUGUUGGAGAGGCCCUAGAAGACUCCAAAGCCUCCCUGUCUGGCUGCAUUCCCACCCUGAACAGCAAGAUGACUCAGCAUUUAACUGAGAGGUGCUUUCGCUUCCUGAAGAGUGCCUCUGAGGUCCCCCGACUAUACCGAAGGACCAACAAAGAAGUUCCCUUCAGAGCUUCUGCCUACAUGGACAACGCCCUGCGGCCGCUGCACCAGCUCCUAAGCGACUCCAAAGACAUGGUGAAGCCCUCCAUCGCCCAGGACUGGCUUCGGGUCGCACUCAAUGAUUGCACUCAGAGAUAUUUUGAAACCAUAUCAGAUGUUUUGAGUUCCGUUAAAAAAAUGGAGGAAAGUUUAAAGAGACUGAAGCAAGCGAGGAAAACGGCAACCACCAACACGAUAGGUACCACUGGAGGCCCCACAGAUGACAGCAAGAUCCGCCUGCAGCUGGCCUUGGAUGUGGAGUACCUGGGAGAGCAGAUUCAGAAGAUGGGUCUGCAACCUGCCGACAUCACCAUGUUCUCAACACUAAAUGACUUGGUCCAAGGAGCACAGGACGUGACUCCAUCAGAGCAGGCUGUACCAUAAUCCUGCACCGAUAUGAAUGUAUCUGUAUGCUCGUAGUUAGAAGGAAGAAAGCACAAUGAGGGACUGGGUCUUAUUUAUUUUGAACGCUAAUCAUAUGAAAGAUGGUAUUGAAAUCAAGAGAACUUCAACAUUUUAAUUUUCAAUAGUAAUUCAAUAUAUCUUACUGGCCCCCUGACUGUCCAUAACAGCAAAUGUGUAAUGUAAUGGGGUCAAAGGGGGUUAACCCUAACCCUCUAUGCCUGCCUGAGAAUUCACUGUACGUUCAAUAAUGCAAGUUAUGUCAUCAUACAAAAGAGAUACUGGCAAAAAGUAGACCAGAGCAGCUUCUUGGUCUACUUUUUUAGUGAAGGAUAAAGAUAUUGUACAUCGUGAACAGAGUUGGUGAAGGAUGAGAUUGUACAUUUUUAAAUAAGGUGAAUCAAAGUUGUAAUAACCUUGGUAAUAAAAGCUUUCGAUCUUUGUAUGUUGUUGUGUAAAUGUGAAUCAAGUUCUGCUGUUAUGAGGGGUGACCUGAUAAGGCAUAACAUAAAGCUCAGUGACAUUCAGUUCAUUUGAGAGACAGGGAUCCGACUUCAUUAUUUACGGUCUGGU